AAAAAAUUAAUUAAUUACCCACUCGAGAAUAAGUUAUUCUUCCGCAACAAGAAUUUGAAAAGCCUUCGUACGAAAACCUGUUGUUGUCGUUUGAAUAAUUAUUAACAACAAACCAUCAUCAUUUCUCAUCAAUUUAUCAUCCUUUCUCUUAUUCCUUUAUAUUCCGGUAGAUCUUUUUCACUCCUUCUUGUCAAUCUUCAUCCCUUUAUCAUCAACUAGUUGUAAAUUUACACAAGAUACAGUAUUUCAAAUAUAAACAAGAUAAAUAUGAGUUCUAAUAAUCAUAACUCAAAUGACUUCAAUAACUUUACAAAUAUUAUUAACGGUUUAACUUCACCUGGCACUUUUAACGAUUUUCAAAAUGACGAAUAUGUAGUAGGAAACCAAUCAUCUCAUCAACAACAAGAAGAUUCAUCCAGAUAUCAAGUUUUUGAUCAACAGACUUUUGAAGAAGAUAAUAAUAAUAGUGGUACACAUGUUCAUGACAAUGCCUCUGAUGACAGUUAUGAAAUGGAAGAACAUCCGGGCAUGUCAGAUGAAGCUCUUGCAAAAUUGAGACAAAGUCGUCAAGACAUGAAAGUUAGAAGAGGUAGAAAAAUCAAAUAUGAAAAUUCUAUAUGUCUAGAAUGUGAAGAGAAUAACCAUAAAUCACAAGGAGGAAUUUGGUGUUACGAACUGGAUCAUCACAAGAAUAAUAAGAGAGCUCCAAAAUAUGUGAAUUGUGAUGAAUGUCACAAGUUAGUUUCAGGACCAAAGUAUACGAGACAUUUAAACAAGUGUGCACCUUCUGGAGCCUCCACAACCCAAUCUACAACUUCUACCAAUAUUACUUCUAAUACUGUUGCCCAAACACAAAACAUUUCCCAAGGACUCAAUAAUGUGCUUCCACUCUCUGGUGCAAUAGUGAGUUUAGCCUACGAUGGUGCAGCCAUUUCCAACAACACAAAACAAGAAAAUAGAAAUGAUACUCAAUCAAAUGGAUCCAUCACUAUCAACAAUCAACAAAAUAAUCAACAGUCGAAACCUCGCGUCAUCCUUGGAAAUCCAUCACAGUUUAAUCAAAAUAAUAUGAUGCCAAAUAAUAAUGUGAUGAACGUACCGAAUAAUGUUGGAGCUCCAACAUUUGUUAUUAUGCCAAAUCCAGCAUCAAACCCUUCUAACAAUAAUGCUUCCUUCCUUCAACAAUAUCAAGCAGCCAAUAUGUUAAAUAUGAUCAAUGGAAUGAAUUUACAACAAGUUUCAUCAAUGAGUCAAGCACCACUCUCACCAAAGAGUAAUAAUAGUUCCAACAGUAUUCCUACCAUAGUAAUUCCUCAACAAAACAAUUCCGCUCUUCAACAACAACAAUUAUUCAAUGUUAUGAAUAGGCUCAGUCCACAAAAUAACUAUCCUACUUCUCCAAAACAACAACUUGUACAAAUUGCCCCAGGAACAUUUGGAAUGCAACCAAUGGGUUCCCAAAAUGUUGGUUAUCCAUUCAAUACAAAUCCUAAUCAACAAUCACAACAACAAAUUAUCAUCACAAAUACAAAUAAUAGAAGUACUUCUCCAGGAGGACGUGUUCUGGAUCCAAAUCAAGCACAUCAAACAAGAGGAAUGAAUGCAAUUUCUCCUUCAUUACUAGUUUCUGCUCCAAUAUCUCCAAAUCAACAACAAAAUCAACAACCUCAACAAUAUACCAAAAUUAUAAUACCUAAUAAUCCAAACUCUCCUCUCCAACCUCAACAACAAGGUAAUAUUUUCCAACCAUACAUAGAGCCUCAACCACAAACUAGUUACCUCUCUGCUUCAUCCUUUAGCAAUAACGUUUCUCCAUCUUACUCUCAACAACUCUCACCAAAUCAACAAGGAUGGCAAUCUUUCCAAGAUGGAUCACCAUCUCUUUCCCCCGGAGGAACAAGCUCAACUCAAAAUUCUCAAAAGAAGAGAAAAAGAGGAGGUUCUAAUGCAGGCUCUAAUCAAGGUGCUAGUGCUUCAGAGUCUGAUUUUGUAGAAAUUAGAGAUGAUCUUAUUAAGAAACUUUCAGAAGAGAAUGAUGAAGGUGUUUAUUCUCUAAGACUCUAUAAUGAAACUACAAGGCAAUAUACAGUCCUAAUGUCAACAAUUCACAAGCCAGUUAAACAAUUAUGUUCAAGUAAGAAGAGAAAAAAGUUGAACCAAAUCCUUGCUCCAGUUCUUUCAAAAUUUGGUGUUGAUGCAGAAACAUUAAUACAAAUCAAGGAAGUUAGAGCACUUAUUAAGAGUAAUAGAAAACCAUCUUCGUAUGCUAAUGCAAACAAUGAUAACGAUUCAGACUCUUCUGAGGAUAGAAAUAAUCAACCUGCAGUUUCUCAAGUAAAUCCAUCUCAAAUCACAGGCUCCAUGAUGGGUAUACUUAAUGAAAUACCCAUAAUUAAUGAACCAACAAAUGAUUACAAUAAUUAUUACAGACAAAAAGAAAGUGAGGACGAAACCCAACUAGAUUUUGGAAUAAUGCAAGGCUCAUUCUUACAAAGUCUCAAUGAUCCUAAUUCACACAACUAGUUCACAAUAAAUCAUUAUUGAUUUAGAA